UUCAACAAUUCAUUCAACUCAUUGACAAGGACUGCGUUUGAACUUUCCGCUGUCUUUCUGAGAAAUUUCUUCACCAGUUGGUCGAUCUCUUCACAGGCUGCUAUUUUGUAUUGAAUUGUUUACACCUAACCAUACGGAACUACCAACGGUCGGCGUCGUCAUUCAAAGAUGUCGAAAAUUCGGCACGAAUGGUAUCAAACGGAAAUUGCCGUCGUCGUCAGCGUCCUACACAAGAAUGCCAAGGCGGAAGACGUUGAUGUGCAGUAUGGCGAGAAAUCAGUAAGUGUAUCUAUCAAGCUGUCCGGUGGCAGUGAUUACAUGCUAGAGCUGGACCUGGCACGGACCAUCCUCCCAGACCAAUGCAUCACCAAGAUCCUCGGCACCAAGAUUGAAUUAAAAAUGAAGAAGGCCGAAGGUGUGAGAUGGUCAACGCUGGAGGAUGACGGCCAGCAACAGGCUGCUGUAAAAACGUUUGCCACCGCUGAUUCUGCGAGCAGUGCAGCGGCGCACACCUAUCCAUCAGCCGCCCCCAAGGACUGGAACAAGAUUGAGCGCGACAUCAAGGAGGCGGAGAAGAAUGAGAAACCAGAAGGAGAUGCGGCUUUGCAGAAGCUGUUCCAGCAGAUUUACGGCGAUGGCAAUGAUGAAGUGAGGCGUGCAAUGAACAAGUCCUUCUCUGAAAGUGGCGGAACUGUCCUCAGUACCAAUUGGGGUGAGAUCGGGCAACAGAAAACAGAAGUGAAGCCACCCGAUGGCGUCACGUACAAGAAAUUUGAACAAUAGGCCAUCCCUCAUACACUCCCCCCCCCCCCCCCCCCCCCCCCCAUCUCUCUCUCUCUUGCUGCUAACGUUUUCUCUGCUAGCCUUGCUCUUGACUAAGCUGGCUCUGCUUUAGCCAUCAUGAAACACAAUCUACAAUUCAAUCCAACCCAGAUCAGAUCACGCCCUGCCAAUGUACAGUUUUCAGAGCCACGUCCUGCUCCCUCCACUCCUAAUAUUCUUCAGGCGGUGGAGGUCGAGGGCUUCUUUCUCCGACAUCAAAAAUAGUGGUAGCAGGUACUGCUGGCGAGCAUUUAUUUCUACUAGUUCUCUUUAGGUUUUAGAUAUCUGUCACGUAUUCUCCAUAGCUGAUCGCCACUUAAAUUUUGCCUCUCCUCGCGGAUCCACACUGGGUGCUGGCGCUCUCUCUCUCUCUCUCUCUCUCUCUCUCUCUCUCUCUCUCUCUCUCUCUCUCUCUCUCUCUCUCUCUCUCUUCUUUUUGCCGCCUAUGCUAUGUUUCUGCUGAUUGUUUUCAUUUUGCUCGGCUGGCUUGUUAUGAAUGCCUUUGUACUUUUUUUAAGUUGCAUUUUAUCUUCAACUUGUGUCUCGGAUGACAUUUUUUCCUCUUGAGUUAUAUUCUGUGGGAUGGUUGUGGUUCUGUU